AUGCACAUGUCAUCAGCUUUAAGGAGAUUGUUCGUUACAAUUUUGGUUUACUGUGUGCCAAUAGGGGUGCAAAGUUUGUGGGAUGAAAUUUAUCCUCACUUGAUUGAAGAUUACAUAUCUUCAAACAGUAUGAAUAAUAUGUAUAUCCUUAACAAAAAUCUGCAAGAUAUAAACCGUCUCCUGCUACAGCAUAAUAAGAACAUAUCAGAAUACGAUUUGCCUGAGAUAACAAUGGAUUUGGAUGAUAAUUCAACAGUUCCAAAGGUCAUACAAGAUGAGUUUUCCACUGUAACUCCUCAAGAAGACUUAAAUUCUAUUGCCACAUUAAAUAGUGAUCAACACUUAGCAUUCAAUUCAAUCAUGGAGGCUGUGGAAUGCAAUACUGGUGCAAUCUUCUUUGUGGAUGGCCCAGGAGGAACUGGAAAGACAUAUUUAUAUCGUGCACUGUUGGCCUCAGUGAGAAGUCAAGGGAGAAUUGCCAUUGCAACAGCAACUUCUGGAAUUGCAGCUACACUUUUACCUGGUGGAAGGACAGCUCAUUCAAGAUUCAAGAUCUCCUUAAAUCCAGAGGCUUCGUCCAUGUAUUCCAUUACUAAACAAUCAGAUUUGGCAGAAUUGAUUAGACGUGCAACAGUCAUCAUUUGGGAUGAAGCUACAAUGACAAAUCGUUAUGCUUUUGAAGCCUUGAAUAGAACACUCAUAGACAUCACCGGUGUUGAUUAUCCAUUUGGUGGCAAAAUUAUGAUGUUUGGUGGUGAUUUUCGACAAGUACUUCCAGUUGUUCCUAAAGGUACAAAAGCUGAAACUAUUGCUGCAUCGCUAGUCAAAUCACCUCUUUGGAGUCACAUUCAAAUACUUCGUUUAAAGCAAAACAUGCGCUCCAUAAAUGACCAACAGUUUGAUGAAUUUCUUUUAUUUGUUGGAAAUGGUGUACAACCUACCAUUAUAGAUGAAAUGAUCAAAGUACCACCAUCGAUGGCAAUACCAUGGAAUGGCGAAGAAUCAAUAGUUCAACUAUUAGAAGAAAUUUAUCCUAAUAUCAUAAACCAUUCUUUUGACGCCGAGUAA